GGAAUAUGUAAUGAAAUAAGUCGUAUGAAAUGAUCAGAUAGCCGACCUACCAGCCGCGCGCACUCUGCCCGUGCACUCAAUGCGCGUCAUCUGAGUCUUCCACAAGCUGCUAGCUUGACAGCUGUGAUACCCAAACUUCAAGCAAAACUACAAAAGUAUUAUCAGCAAAAUGUACUUAAAAUGGCAAGUCCUGGUUGAUUUGGUAUCACCCUUUAUUGGUGGUAACAGGAAAUGCAGUUGAAUACUACAGGUCGUUGGAUACAGGGGGGGGACAUCAAAAUCAACUAUUGUCACUUUAAUGAAGAAGUCAGGAACUAAUUAGGCAUCAUCCUGUGAGCCACCGUGAUCUAAUGUUGUGCUGCACACAGAAAGUGAAGAAUGGAGGUGUGCAACCUGUCGCUUGGAGCUCUUCAUCUAACAGCUCACUGUGGCUGCUCCGGACUCCUCCAUUACUCCCUGCAAUAAUUCAAUACGUUUUUUUUUUUUGUAGACGCAUCUUUGAUGGACGACAGUCAGAUUGUGUGUGAUUAUGUGUUGCAGUACUUUAUAGGCUAGAAGUCAAUGAAAAGCAGCACAUGUGAUCUGCACACUUCACCAACUUGUGUCUAAACAAGGAAGUGUUCCUCACAUUUUGUUUUUGUAGAGACUUGAGGGAGUUUGUCGGUAGUCUCAGUUUAGCUUUUCAAAACUUAAAUGAUUAAGAAGCCAGAGGCCAGCGGAGUUGUCGUGUUGUGAGUACCAGUGAAAAACAGCAAAGACACAGUGUAAGCUGGUGUGAUAAAAGGGAUGGACAAGGUGAAAACAAUGAAGCAUUUCCCUCCGUACGGAGCCAUAAAUGGAGCCUCUACAGGAGACACCUGCCCCACAUGUCGUGGCACCGGGCGAAUUCCUAGAGGCCAUGAAGACCAGCUAGUUGCUGUAAUACCGUGUAAUGAUGUGAGGCUGAAGCCCAGACGCACGAAGCUGUACGUGUGCGUCUCCAUGGCUGUGUGUCUCCUCCUCUGCAGUCUCAUCCUCUUCUUCCUCUUCCCCCGGAGUGUCACUCUAACACCUGUGUCUGUGCUGUCAGUCAUGGUGUACUUCACCCCGGGGACAGUUGAAAUGGAAGUCACAAACCUCAUCAACAUCUCCAACGAGAACUUUGUCCCGGUUCAGAUUGUCGACUUUAACGUUCAGGGUUUGAUCUCUGAAGAAGUGAUGGGUAAAACCAAGAUAUCUAACAUGAGCACCAUCAUGUCCCGCUCACAGAAAUCGUACACCAUUCAAAUUGACCUGUCUAUUACCGCUAAAGGUUUAAACACUUACUGCAAGUCGAGUUCUAUCAAGAUUCACACGUUAUUUCUGGAGCUGCAAAUGACAAUGAAUAUUUCCUAUCUCUCUCACACGGAGCAGCUGUCUCUCGACACCUUUGAGUAUAUUGACUGUGGCACCAAUUCAACAAUCCCUCAUCCUGUGAGAUGAUGAAAUCAAAAUGAAAAACACCAAAGUGGGAGUGUGAAAUAAUUAAUAUUCUGCCUGCAUUGCACCCUUUCCCUCUUCUGAGUGGGAUGUGAUUGUGUGAAUGAUAACUACUGUGAAAAAGCAUAGGUAGAACAAGUAAUGGCAACUAAAUGUGCUUAAAUACCUAUAGCAAUAGUAAGUAAAUGUACUUAGUUACAUUACAGCAAUGAUCCUAUUCUGUAUGUUGUUUUAGCAUACCUUAAGACUUGAAUCAAUCAUUACGUUAUAAUUAAAAAUGUUGACCCUUAAAUACACUUAUAUCUUAAAAAUAUAGGUUUUUGCUCUUAUUUUUAGUAAAUCUGUAUUACAGGCAAAGUGUAUGAAAAAAGCACAAUUUCUUAAAUUAAAGUAUUUUUGUUAGAA